UGAUACACGUUGAAACUGAUGAGAAACCGCGGGAGCAGUUCAGUGAUUCUCGCUAGUGCUGGAGGAGCGUUCAUUUUGGCAAGGAAAUGUACUGAUUUUGCAAGGACAUGGAGAAUAAAGAGUUCAAGGAGUCAGAGGUCAGUGGGAAUGACCUCACCCUCAUAGACCUGGAUGACCCCAUCAAUGACGGUGAUGUUAUGAAGGAAGACAGAUCUGAUAAAGAUCACAGAGAGGUUGAGAGACAGACCACGUUGGAAGAGGCUGUUCUAGAGACAGAUAUCCAAACUCUGUCACUAGAGGCUGAAGGAGAGAUUGAGAUGCAGGAGGCUGAUCUGAAGACAGAUGGCACGUCUCAGUCACAGAAGGUUGAAGGAGAGAUUGAGUUGGACGAUGCUGUUGUCAUCCCACCUCAGUCACAGGAGGUUGAAGGAGAGUGUGAGUUGGACGAUGCCGUUGUCAUCCCAUCUCAGUCACAGAAGGUUGAAGGAGAGAUUGAGUUGGACGAGGCCGUUGUCAUCCCACCUCAGUCACAGGAGGUUGAAGGAGAGAGUGAGUUGGACGAGGCCGUUGUCAUCCCAUCUCAGUCACAGGAGGAGGCCAAAGGUGAGAGUGAGUUGAAGCAGGUUGAUCUGAAGACAGCCACAUCAACUCUGACACUGGAGGUCGAAGGAGAGAGUGUGAUGCAGGAGAGUGAUGAUCUACAAACAGCCGGGACAUCUCAAUCCCAGGAGACUGAACGAGUGGCAAAGGCUGCAGUGGUGACCUUCACUAGCGUGACCCGCAAGGCUGCAGCCUCCCAGACCAGCCUCACCCUCAGCAGGGGAAAGAGAAGCUACCCAGACCUACACACCUUUGUGCAGGACAUGAAGGAUGGGUACCUACCCCUAGCCCCUCUUUUCACAGGUACCUACCCCUAG